CCUGCUUUUUGUUACUCAGUAACACCCCGAGUCAUUUCACUAUGGCGAAGGGGCUGUAAACAAGUGUGGUGGGAAAAAGUGCGUACUCUGUGUAAAAUAGAUUUCCGUUAGAGAUGAUUUCGCGUUUAGUUGCGUAUAUAUAACAUAGCAUAAGCAUACAUAAUGAUGCAGACAGCCUCAGAUUUCAGUAACAUGGACUGGAUCAAACCAUCAAACCUCUUUCAAAGACACCUUUUAUCCUGUUAGUCCGGUGCUAUUUUAGGUUGAAAUCAUGUUGACAGGGUCCAAAACCACCUUUAAAGUGAGACAGAUGGUUCCGGACAUGAAGGAGAGGAUGAUGAGCCACAGUAGCCUUCAUGCACGCGGGAGAGAUGUGCUCGGCCUCUGCUGUUUGCCAGGAGAGUGUGUGCUCCAGCGAGCCGUGCUGGUGAGGAAGAAGCUGUCGGCUAAAGAAGGAGGAGGCUGGUUGUCUGGGACUCUGUUCUGCACUCAUUUCAGAGUGGCCUUCGUGCCUCAGGACAGCCAGAAACCUGAUGAUAAUGCAGAUCCUGUGCUGCUCGGAGACCAUGAUGUAGCUCUAGCCUCUAUUGACAAAGUCGUGGCAGUGGGACCAUCUCGGACCAAACUAGUGACCCCUACCUGCUCCCUAAAAUUCACCCCUGAGGAGCUGGUGUUGUACUGCCGGGACCUGUGUGUCCUCUGCUUCCUGUUCGACAGACUCACGCCCGAUACUCAAGCUCUGGAGAUCACGUAUACCAUAGCUAAAACCUACCAACCACUGAAACCUGGAACCAUCCUCUCCUUCCAAAAUGCUGCUUUGGGUAGUAUUGAAAUGAAGCAGUUCCUAAGCAACAGGUGGCAUGACCCUAACAUGAACUGGUUCGAGUGUUCGAUGGGAUGGGAGCAGGAGCUGGAGAGGACAGGUGCCAGCGGCUGGAGGGUCAGCUCUGUCAAUGACCGCUUUGAGAUGUCCACUAGUCUGCCCAGAUUCAGUGUGGUUCCUCAGAGGGUCCUCGACACAGAGCUCAAGAAAACAUUUGCCCACUUUAAUGAGGGUCGCAUCCCACGCUGGUGCUGGCGACAUCCGCAUGGCAGUGACUUACUACGAAUGGCCAGCUUCCAAAAUAACAUCUACCAUGAGAAGGACGACAUCAGGAAUCUGGAGUUAGUGCUCUUCGGCCGACAGCAGCUGUGUGUGAUUGUGGAUCUGGGAGAGGAAAUGCCAUCACCUGCAGACAUCCAGCUGGCUCACACGAGACUCCGGACACUUUGUCUGGGCGAUAUUUCAUCAUCAGUAUCGGUGCCUGAUGACAAGUGGCUCUCCACUCUUGAAAGCACUCACUGGCUCGACUAUACCAGGUGCUGUCUGAGAAAAGCUGCAGAGGUAGCUUGUUUGCUUGGAGGAGGUCACAUGACUGUUGUUCUCCAAGAGCCAGAGGAUCGAGACAUGAACUGUGUGGUCUGCAGUCUGGUGCAGGUGAUGUGUGACCCUCACUGCAGGACCGUGGCUGGUUACUGCUGUGUAGAGGUCUGUGCUCUAGAAGCUGCUGUCCAAGGUCCUGAAUUUCUUCAGCCCAGCUUCACUCUGCUACAUGCUAACAGGCAGCUCUUGACACCCAGUUCCAGCACUCUUUACAUCAACGCACAAAUUUAA